AUGAGCGAUCCAUUAUGUCAAUUGAUGGAAGAUGUUGAAGGAUUAUGUAAACGUUGUUAUCAUCUUCAAAAAUCGAAUAAUGAUAUGUAUGAUUACAUAAAAGAAGAUCAUCAAUUACAAGAAUAUAUUGAUGAAAACGAGCAAAUUAUUGAAAAAUAUCAUCGCAAAAUAAAUGAAAUUUUUCAUUUUAUGAAAGAUAAUAGUGAUAAAAAAGACGAAAUACAUUUAUCACCUACUGUGAUCGAUUACAAAAGAAUGGAAGCAGAGCAAAAACGAUUAUGUAGUGAGAAGAAAAACAAAUUAGCAGAAAACUCAAUGAAUCACGAACAAGUUUCAUCAGAUGAUAAGGGCGCAUAUUUGUAG